AUGUGUAAACACAUUCUCAAUGCCCAAGUUGCUGUUCGGUCGCCAUGUUGCAGAAAAUGGUUUGACUGCGUCGAGUGCCAUGGUGAACAGGAAGACCACCCUUUAAAAGAAAACUACGAAAUGAUCUUUGCCUGCAAGAAGUGCAGAAAAUGCUUUCGAAAGGAUGUUACAGAGUUCGAGGAGGCCGAUGAGUUCUGCCCUCACUGCGACAACCACUUUGUUAUCGAUGCGAAGACACCUCAGGCGGCCCUGUCAGUCGAGAGCGAGGACGUGCGAAUGGACAACAAAAUGCUUAGGGACGACAGACAAAAGACCAAGACCAAGGGCAUCAGGUCCAUCUUUGACCCGUCAGACGAUGCCGACAAGCUAGGAUAA